AUGAGUGACACCAAGACAGGAUCGAGACUAGCUGGAAAGGUCGUCAUCAUCACAGGCGGAGGGCAUGGCUUCGGCGAGGGUAUUGCCAACAAAUUCGCCCAAGAAGGAGCUAAAGUUCUCAUUACCGACAUCAAUGAGAGCGACGGACAAAGAGUAGCGCAAAGCGCUCCCGAUUCGAUAUCGUUCUUCAAAGCAGACGUCACAAAUGCUGAGGACUGGGAGAAGUUGAUGAAUGCCGCGCAAUCGCGCUACGGCCGAAUCGACUGUCUUGUGAAUAACGCCGGCACGACUUACAGGAACAAGCCUACGGCUGAGGUAACAGAGAGCGAGUUUGACAUGGUCUUCAAUGUCAACGUGAAGGGCAUCUUCCUCGGCACCGCAGCGUUCAUGCCGCGAGUCAUCAAGCAAGGGGAAGGAGGCGUGAUGCUGAACAUCUCCUCGAUUGGAGCUCUGCGCCCCCGGCCAGGUCUUGUGUGGUACAAUGCCUCCAAGGGAGCCGUCUGCAAUGCAACCAAGGGGUUGGCGGCCGAGUACGGUGCCCAUAAGAUUCGCGUGAAUUCGAUCUGUCCUCUUUUGACUGGAACUGGCCUAUUCGAAUCCUUCAUUGGUAUGAAGGACACACCGGAAAAUCGUCAGAAGUUCAUUGGAAACGUCCCCUUACAAAGAUUGGGUGAGAUUGAAGACGUGGUAGACGCUUCUGUAUUCUUGGUUUCGGACGAGAGCAAGUUCAUCACUGGUGUCAACUUGGAGGUCGAUGGUGGCAGAGCUAUUUGA